CGCAACUCUCGCGAUAUGUUCGUAAUUUUUGCAGAACAGUAUGGCAGCCGUCUCGUUGAGGUCUUGCCGUAGAGGACUUUCACAAUUUUUAAGCAAUGGAGGGCUCACAGCUGUUUGGUCAACGCGAUUUGAAGAAGUCAGAAGACACAAAUCCACAGUUCAGUUCGCGUCACGACCUAAUCUUCCAAAGCUGGCCUACAGAAAAGUGAAGGGAAAGAGCCCAGGUGUGGUCUUCCUGCCAGGAUAUGCAUCCAACAUGAAUGGACAGAAAGCUGAGGCCCUGGAGGAGUUCUGCAGGUCAUUAGGUCACUCAUUCCUCAGAUUUGACUACACGGGACAUGGAGCCUCGGAGGGAGUGUUAGCAGAAGGAACCCUUGGUACCUGGAAAAAAGAUGUCCUUUACGUGUUGGAUGAGUUAGUCGAGGGACCACAGAUACUGGUGGGUUCCAGUAUAGGCGGCUGGCUGAUGCUGCUGGCAGCCAUUGCGAGACCCGAGAAGACCGCCGCCUUAGUGGGAAUCGCCACUGCCGCCGAUCACCUCGUCACGUCAUUCAACUCUCUUCCACUAGAGACUCGAAAGGAAUUUGAGGCCAAAGGGGAGUGGACGGUGCCCACCAAACACACAGAGGAAGGCGUUUACAAGUUUAGCAUGAACUUUCUGCAGGAAGCAGAAAAUCACUGUGUGCUCCAGAGUCCCAUACCCAUCACCUGCCCUGUGCGGCUCAUUCACGGGCUGAAGGACGAGGACGUCCCCUGGCACGUGUCCAUGCAGGUCGCAGAGCGAGUCCUCAGCCACGACGUGGACGUCGUUCUCAGGCGAUACGGCCAGCACCGCAUGUCUGAAAAGGAUGACAUCAAGCUCAUUGUCUACACCGUCGAUGAUCUCGUAGACAAGCUGACCACUAUGGUCUAAGGAAGAGGUAGAGAUGGUCCUGAAAAAAAGGAAAAUGACUGUUAACUAGAAGGUCAACCCUCAAGGAAUUUACCAAACAGUGGCACGUUUGCCAAAUAUUUCCCACUAUCUUGUCCUCUUCUGUCUUCUGCCAUCACUAUUAUGUCAGCAUGCCGUUACAGCUCCUACAUCUUUGAAAGGGUUUAGCUUGUAGCUCUUCCCUAAUUUCUUCAGGUUGCAUUUAUAUGUGGUUUGGCUGGUUGUAGCAUCAACCUGGUCUCUCUGUCCUCAUCCUCGUUUGGCUGAUUUUCCUCUUUCCUUGAGUAGACAUACAGUUUCCCUGUGCCUUUUUUUAGUACUUUUCACCUGUUUUGGCCAAUAAAACCUCUGCGCACCACACUGCAUAUCUGACAUCUAUGAAAGACAAUACAAGGUGCGGAAUCAUUUAAUCAUAAGAAUAAAGAAUAUGAACAAAGGAAAGCUAAUGUUAAAGUUUUAGUUUGCAUAUUGGCAAAAAGGAUUAGAAAUUGUGAUUUAAACAUGACUAUUUUUCCAACCUUUGAAAGCAUCCAGUAGUCUUUCAGUUUUAGAUUGUAUUACAAUUAAGUUACAGUAAAGGCUCAGAAAAGAGGCAGGAUUUAAUUCAAUAAUCUUUAUCUUUUAAACCAUGAAGCUGGUGUUUGCUUCAGAACAUCAGUGUUGAUGUCUGGAAAUACAGUAAAGGUUCUGCAGAGACUCACACAAAAGAUCAGAACACAAUCUUCCAAUUUAAUAUAAAGAACUGCGUGAUAUCAGUAAAGUUUUAAAAAAUAAAAAAAGUUAAUCUCAUAUAUUUUUGCAACGAUAACUAAUAAUCAGAUUUCAUUUUUUUUUUCUUUUUCACAAAGUGACUUGUGCUGUCACAAAUAAUUCACUAUGGAGACUUCUUCAAAAGAAUCAUUGAUUGCCUGCAGGCUUUGCUCACUGGACUUCUCAAAGUAGCACGUAUAAAACAAAGUAACUAAACGCUUCUAACAAGAUUAUAAGAGCAAAUGAACAAAUAAAAAACAACUGCUUGCAGUUUUGCUUUGCCAUCUUAAUAAUGUUCUGAAAAAUAUUACAUUGUAAAUCAUUGUCUUGAUAAUUUCAUUAACACUUUUUCAAAAACCUCAAAGAAGGGGCUGAUUUAAAGAGCCUAUCAACCAAAUGUUAAGAUUUCUCAAAAAAGAAGCUUCAAAUGACACAUGGAGCUCACAUCACUGUACUCUGGCAUCUCCAAAAGUGCAGGAUUUAAGCUUUUACAUGGUCAGAUGUGCUCUUUUUUUUCCACAGUGUUUCUCAGAGAAUGUAUGCUAUUUGGCAGCAGUGCAGCUCAACUGAUGUGGUGGGAUUCUAAAUUGGCUUUGAGAGUUUUUCACUAUUAAAAACAUAAAAUCAGGACAAAAACAGAUUAGCAAAUGAGAGGAUUAUUUUAAAAAUUGUAAUUAUUAGGGCUGCUGCAAAUUAUAAUAGGAUAAGUUUUAUACUUGUUAUUUAACACAAGUCAACCACAGAAUCAGUUAUUAUGGAGGCAACUUAGACAACUGAUUCAGUGUGCUGUCAAACCAAACGAGGCACCAUUAAAUAUUUGUUUUCUUUAGGAUGUUAUCUCUCUUGCAUCAUGGAUGAGGAAUUUUGUUUCACUUGUCCUGACAACCAUGUUUUAUUUUCAGAUGUGCUCAGACUUGCACAGUAAUUUCUGUUGACUGGACUUUGAACCACAAAAAGUUAGUCUUUAAUAUUUUUUAAUAUCAGCCACCAAUACAUUUUAGUGAAAGAAACAGUUUUCUUUUAAGCCAAACUUCUUUACUUUUUCACAAUUUUUUUUAGCAUUUAAUUCAUCUUCCUUUUUUACAUACAAUUAUUUAAUCGUUAGCAUAAAAAAAAAAAAAGAAUACAACUGUCUCAAUACUUUUCUGAUGUAGUUCAGUCUUUUCUGUAGUUAGUAUGUUUGGAAAGGAGUUUGUUUUUCCCAGAGACACUGUUCCCUUCCACAUUCCAUAAACAUCUGUAGGGCUGGGGUGUGAUUGGAACUUUUCACUGGUUCAAAUGUGCCGGAGGCACAUGGGCAACCCUGAAUAUUAUGACUUUCGUAUAAAGAACGAGUAGUAGCAUUCAUGGGAAUCUAUAUUUUUCUGAUAUUAAAAUCUUGUAAAGAAGA